AUGCGGGGCUGGGAGGCGCUGAGGCCGCCUGGUGGCUGCGGGCUGGGAGCGGGGGGAAUCGGGCUUGGCAAGAGUGCGGGGGAGAGCGGAGCCGGGAGGAGGAACGCUCACGUGCCUUCCAGGAACAUCGGCCGUGAGCGGGCUGGGGAUGCCCGCCGGCUCCCACGGGGCUCAACUGCAGGAAAUCGGGCUGCACUGACAGCCCAGCACGGCUUUUUCCUGCGCUGUCUAUCCAGCGCUCCCCGACCCUUCUUCACGCUGCCUCCUGCAGCGCCCGCUCCUCACAGGGGCCGGACGAGGCUCAGCCCCGUGCCGCGUAACCCCGGGGCCGCAGCCGCGCUCUCACGUCUGGGCGGCGUGAGACGGGGCACCGCGCAAUCCGCCGAGGUUCCGCCGCUUAAAAACCCAAUUCGGCACCCGGGAAGACCUUAUUUUGAAGGACUGUCACACUCCAGCUCUCAGACAGAAAUCGGUAGCAUCCACAGCAUCAGGAGCCAGAGAGAGCCAUCAAGUCCUGUAGAAGUGCCUGAAAAGACAAAGAGUCUUGGAACCAAACACACAGACGACAGUAUUUCUGACACUGUCUCUUUUGAGUCUAACCAGCAAGCUGAGGUCCAAGAAGCAGAACUUCCUGCACCAGAUGUGUUUGUUGAGAAGCUCCCACCCAGCGGGAAGAUCACCAAGACGGAGUCCCUCAUUAUCCCAUCCACCAGGUCUGAAGGGAAGCAAACUGGACGUCGGGGAAGAAGCACAUCUCUGAAGGAGAGGCAGCCAGUGAGGCCACAGAAUGAGAGAGCAAACAGCCUGGACAAUGAACGAUCUCCAGACACCCGGCACCACUUACAGAUCCCCAGGAAAACUGUGUAUGACCAACUAAAUCACAUCCUGGUUUCUGACGACCAGCUGCCAGAAAACAUUAUUCUUGUCAAUACUUCAGAUUGGCAAGGACAGUACCUGUCAGAUGUCUUACAAAAGCAUACCUUGCCAGUGGUCUGUACGUGUUCCUCGGCUGAUAUUCAAGCAGCUUUCAGCACUAUUGUCUCCAGGAUACAGCGAUACUGUAACUGCAAUUCUCAGCCUCCAAGCCCAAUUAAAAUUGCAGUGGCCGGAGCCCAGAAUUACCUCAGUGCUGUAUUGAGGCUCUUUGUAGAGCAGCUGUCUCACAAAACCCCAGACUGGCUUGGCUACAUGCGAUUUUUGAUCAUCCCUCUAGGCUCUCAUCCAGUGGCCAAGUAUCUGGGGUCUGUAGAUUAUAGAUACAACAACUUCUUCCAAGAUGUAGCCUGGAGAGAUCUGUUCAACAAACUUGAAGCACAGACCACUGUUACAGAAACGCUUGAUGUUGUCUCCCGAAUAACUCAGUACAUAGCAGGGGCAAACUGUGCACACCAGUUGCCCAUUGCCGAAGCGAUGCUGACGUACAAGCAGAAAAGGAAAAAGAGCUUUCAUUUUGAUUUUACUCUAAGCCCUGAUGAGGAAUCUUCGCAGAAGUUCAUUCCCUUCGUUGGGGUGGUGAAGGUUGGAAUAGUGGAACAAUCUUCUGCGACGUCAGGUGACUCUGAUGAUGCAGCUCCCUCAAGCUCCAGUGUCCUUUCUUCUACCCCACCUUCUGUAUCUCCUGCUGUGAAAGAAGCCUCCCCCACACCACCUUCUUCACCGUCUGUCACAGGCAGCUUCUCAUCCUCAAGCCAGGGCCUUGGUGCUGAGCUGAUGGGCCUGCAGGUGGAUUACUGGAUUGCAGCUCCACCCAUGGACAGAAAGAGAGACCCGGAGAAGAAGGACCCUUCCACUACCAAAAACACACUGAAAUGCACUUUCCGGUCCCUCCAGGUCAGCAGGUUACCUGCCAGCGGGGAGAUCGCCACCACUCCAACCAUGUCCAUGACGGUCGUGACAAAGGAGAAGAACAAGAAAGUGAUGUUUUUACCCAAGAAAACAAAAGACAAGGAGGUUGAGUCAAAGAGCCAGUGCAUCGAAGGAAUCAGCAGGUUGAUUUGCACAGCGAAGCAUCAGCAGAACAUGCUGCGAGUCCUGAUCGACGGAGUGGAGUGGAACGACGUCAAGUUCUUUCAACUGGCAGCACAGUGGUCCUCUCAUGUCAAGCACUUUCCCAUCUGCAUAUUUGGGCACUCCAAAUCUAACUUCUAGCCACGCUCGGAGGGACCUCUGUCCAUCCCAGGGACUGCACACCAGGAGCCAGGAACUGCGUGCCAACUCGACUCGCAUCACUCUGCCCUCUCCUGCAGAAUUAAUUACAGAUGUGCUUGGAUUACUUUUGAAUUACUUUUUUUCUAUUAACUCUUAAGUUUACUACAAGGGAAGGAAACCCCUUUAAACAAAGGCAAAAAAAACAACAGUCUUAAAUAUAGAUGUGCUGUCAACAAAGCUGUGGGGGAGUUGGCAGGAGCAGGCAACCUGCCCAAACACCUCCCACUUCAGAGCAGAUAGCUGAAUAACUGCACUGCUUAUUAACCUGAGACCUCAUUGGUGUGUGUGGGCUAGGGGGGCCGUGGAUUUUGCAGAAGAUCCUGCAUGUUACGAUGCGUUUCGACCCCUCCCUCCAUAUUUCUAGGAAAACCGAUGGCCAGUCUUUCUUCCUGCUGCCAAAGGAUGAGAGAUCAGCGAGUCUGCAGGGCAUCCAGCUGUCCGGUUUGAAAACCAAACCGGUGGUUUGCAGAGCUAGAGAGGGGCAGAGAGGAACUUGUCCUGCACCACGAGGGGUCUGCCCUGGGGCUGGGCAGGUGUCUGUACUCAGUGCUGCCUGAGGAAGGCUGGGCAGGAGCAGGAACUGGGGAAACACAAGGUGUAAGGAACCUCUGCUGUCCCUGGUCUGUAACAAAGACCAAACCGAGCCAGUCACCUGCAGUGCUGCUGAGGGACACCACGUCAGUGGGGUCGCUGCUAUUUACAUACUCACACCGAUUAUUUACUUGUCAAUAAAACCUCGUCCAGCCUCCAAGGGGAAAGGAUUUUUUUUUAAUAGCCGCAAAUUUUUUUAAUGCUUUCUUAAAAAAUAAAAAAGAC